CGCAUGCGCAUUCAAGUGGGAAAAAGUUUCACUGAACUUCGUAGUCAGGAGAAGGGGAGACCAGAUUUUCAAGAAUUAUCACAUAGUAGCAAGAAAUUGCCAUGGCAUUUCGCCGAAGAAACAAGAGUUAUCCUUUCUUCAGUCAGGAGUUUCUUAUCCAAAACCACGCCGACAUCGUCUUCAGUUUGGUGAUUUUUGUUUUGAUUGGAUUGAUGUUUGAGGCAACAGCAAAAACUGCAAUACUUUUUAUUCAGCCCCAAUACAAUGUUACCACACUGACACCAGAUGGAGAAGUAACAUUGUAUCACUACGGAUGGAAGGACUGCGCCACCAUCCUCUUCUAUUUCUUUAUUACCAUCAUCCUCCAUGCCUUGGUGCAGGAGUAUCUGCUGGAUAAAAUCAACAGGCGUCUUCAUCUUUCAAAGAGCAAGAACACCAAGUUUAAUGAGUCGGGUCAACUGUGUGUGUUUUAUCUGGUGUCCAGUGUGUGGAGCUUCUACGUUGUCAUAACGGAAGGCUAUGUCCUGCAUCCCAACAGAGUUUGGGAAAACUAUCCACAUGCACACCUCAGGUUCCAGGUGAAGUUUUUCUACCUCACUCAGCUGGCCUACUGGCUUCAUGCUUUGCCUGAGCUCUACUUUCAGAAAGUGCGCAAGGAAGAGAUCUCUCGUCAGCUCCAGUACAUUGGCUUGUAUCUGUCGCACAUCUUGGCAGCGUAUGUUUUAAAUUUGACACCUUUGGGUCUGUUGCUGCUCGGCCUCCAGUAUUUGACAGAGAUGGUCUUCCACACAGCCAGACUUUUCUACUUCACUGACGAAAACAACCAGAAAUUGUUUGACGUAUGGGCGGUCAGCUUUGUGACUACUCGUAUGUGGACACUUACGCUCAUGUUUCUUGUCUUUGGAUUCGGUUUAGCACGUAGUGAUAACCAGGUGCUAGACUGGGAGACAGGCAAUUUUAACACUGUACUCAUAAGGAUGACUUUUCUUCUGCUUGUAUGUACGACACAAUCUUGGCUCCUCUGGAAGUUUAUCCGCUUCCAACUCCGGCGCUGGCGGGAGUUCAGACACGAGCAAGCUGUCCGCAAGAAGGCUGCCACCAAACAAGCCAUUCGGCCAAUGAAGCGGGACUCUCUUGGGCAUUAUGAAAAUGGAGUCCUAAAAGCAGAAAACGGAACGUCUCCAAGGAUCAAAAAACUCAAAUCUCACUAAGGAAACAAUCAGACUGAGCUGAGCGGUGGCCAAGCCGAGAUCCCUGAACACAACAGGAGCUGAUGGUGUUUCCUGGUCGAGUUCCAUCCCGACAUGCUCCAGGGACUGUGACUACAGACUUACAGUAGGGCUUGAAUGCUGGAAAAUAAAAUCCAACGAAAUUCCUUGAGCCCAAGAGACAUGUACUCGGAUCAUACUUAUUUUUUGCUUUUUUUUUAUCCUCAUACAUCCAGAGAGCCUGCUUUUCUUCAUUAAUGAGCACUAUUAAGUGCAAAAUGCCAGAAGUGUACAAACACAGUAUGUAGCACGUUACUGUGUCGUAACUUGAAUGUGGUCAUGUAAUCCUCAUUACCAAGUACUGUAUUGCUCGUCUGAUUGCCGUUGAGCCAGCUUUGCUUCUUUUCCAGUCUGGUCUAUUGAGAGUAGCAAAUAUGUUACUGACGAUAACAUAAUAGAGGCUUACUGUAAGCCCCAUUAAUGGUAGCUCCCAUGCAACUGUGCAAGGUGAUGGAAGCUACUUUGGCCUACUGGUGGAAAAGUGUCCAUAUUUCCUCUCAAGUAAAUCAUGUCUUGUAUUUGUCACUUCCACGACGCAUGUCAUUAUGUACUUUACCACAUGCCGUUCCAUUGAUUGUCCGUUUGUUCAAUGAUGAAUAAUUUUCUGAACAAAAUGACUUGAUGCAUCAUUUUCUGUCACUGUAAAUUUCUUCCAUUUUUUAAAAAUCAGGCACACAGAUUUCAUGCCUUGCAAUAUCAGCAGACCAAAAAGCAUUUUCUUUUAAAUCAUUGUUUUAUGCCAUAUAAUAGCAAUAAUCUAUAUACAGUUUAUGUACAAGUGUGAACUUCUCUAUACAGUUUUUGUACAAGUGUGAACUGUAAUAGUGAAACUGUUAGAAUUGUAUUUCUAAUGUGUAACUCUUACACUAAACUGUAACUUAAUGAGAUCCUCUUCUGUU